AUGUCAGACAAGAUUGAUAGUCUGCGCUGCUUAUCCCAACCGCUUAUUCAUUUAAAUGGAAAAAUAAACUCGACACCAGUAUCACUGCCAACUCUCAGUUUACUAAACGACAAUUCCCGAAACAGUGUUGACUUCGAUAAAGUUCACCUUUCUCUUAGCGUACUAAGAUUGGACCCGGCAGAUCGCGCAGUAAUAAAAAUCGCAGAUGAACGUGAUGCCAUACAAAAGAAAGCCUUCACCAAUUGGGUUAAUCAACAUUUGGUUAAGCGUAAUUGUUGGGUUCAAGAUUUAUUUUUGGAUUUACGUAAUGGAUAUUUACUAGUACGUUUAUUGGAGUGUUUAACAAAUGAAGUAUUGGGACUUGAAUACAUUGAAAGUCGUGUCCAUUGGAUACAAAAUAUUCAACGUGUAUUGGAUUUUCUUCGAUAUCGUGGGAUUCGCAUAGUGAAUAUUCGUGCAGAUGAAAUUGUCGAUGGUAAUCCCAAGUUAACAUUAGGUCUUAUUUGGAUAAUAAUUUUACAUUUUCAAUUGGCCGAAUUAAUUGAAAAUCAGACGAAAUUACAAUCGGAUAUUUCAGUUAAUUUAUCCAUGGAUAAUGCAGCUAAACAAACAUUACUUAGUUGGUGUCGAGCAGUCACAGCAAAUUAUCCAGGUGUAUAUAUAAAAGAUUUUACUGAAUCAUGGAAAGAUGGUCGUGCAUUCCUUGCUUUGAUUCAUCGUUAUAGACCGGAUUUAAUUGAUUUCCGUCAAGUUGAUCGUCAAUCUGCCCGUGAAAAUCUUGAUUUAACAUUUGACUUAGCUGAACGUGAACUUGAAGUUACUCGUUUAUUUGAUUCAGACGAUAUCGCUAAAACAACUGAUGAACGAUCGAUUAUAACUUAUGUAGCCUCAAUUUAUGAUAAACUAGUAUGUAAUUCAUCAAAACAUUCAUUAUAUCCAAUACCAAUUGUACCACCUAUGCCUUCUUUAUAUCAUCAUCAAAAUUCUACUAAUAGAUCAAUUGAUUCAACUUUUCAACUUCUUACAGCUUCUAAUCAACUUUCAGAUGAAUUAAAAUCUUUAUGGUCAGAUUAUCGUAUUUUAGCUAGUGAUCUAAUACAAUGGUUACGAUCAACUACUGAUCGUAUGGCUAGUCGUCAUUUUCCACCAGAUUUAAAAUCAAUGCAAGAACGUGUUAUGGAUGAAAUACGACGACAUAGACGUGAUGAACGACCAAGAAGGGAAAGAGAACGUCAACAAUUAGUUCGUAUGUAUGAAGAAUUAAAGCCAUCCAUUGAACGUGGUUUACUACCAAUUGAUUUAUUCCUUCGAAUUGAACAAAUUCACCGAUUAUGGGAUGAAUAUGAUAUUGCUUUACAAGAACGUGAAUUAGCUGCAAGAAAUGAAGCUCAUCGUUUAGAUCGUUUACAGUGGGCUGGUAAUCGAGCUCUACGUGAUUGUAUUCAAGUCCAAGCACAAUUGACGGCUUUAGAACGGCGAGUUGUUGAGUUGAAAUCUGAACUACCUCACCAGCAUGUAUUCGAUACUAAUAAUGAAAUAAGACGUUGGCGUGAUCAACUAACUCAAAUUGAAGCAAAAGUCAAUGGAUUAUUCAAUCAAGUACAACAUUUGCGCACUGGGCGAUAUAUGCAAACAGAACAAAUUUAUAGGAAUGUUUGUACAUUGCACCAGAAAUUUUUGGAUCUUCAACGUUUAUAUCGAGAAUUUACACCUUCAACGGUAUUUUCAUCACCUAGUGUCGUCUCUAGUUCUGUUUGCUCAACAUCUAUUACUAUGUCGAACCACCCUGCAUUCACAUCUCUUAAAAAUGGCACCAUUUUAGAAAAUGUUCACUUUAUUCAAGGUAAAUUAAUUAGUCCAAUCGAACAAUGCUUACAAUGGAUUAUGGAACGUUUUCAAACUGUACAAAAUGCAUCCUAUGGAACAAAUCGAAAAUCCGUAGAAGAAGCUACUAGGCGUCAUGAACAAUUUCAUCGAGAAGUGUUGAACUUUAAGAACGAAAUCGAUCGAUGCAAAUCUAAUCAACAAAAGCUUCCGAUACAAUCAAAAGAAGAGGAACAAGUUCUUAAUGAAUCACUUCAAAUACUUGAACAAAAUUAUCAACAAUUAAUGGAAGUUUCAUUAAAACGUCGGAAUAUGUCGAAGUCAUUGUUGGAAUUCGUAGAACGUGCCCAUAAUGAAUUAAUUUGGCUAAGGGAACAUGAAUCAUGUGAAGUGACUCGAGAUUGGACCGAAAUUUACCAUGAUGAACUAGAUCGUAUUCGAAUUGAUUUUCAAAAACUCAUGCAUGAAAUACAUGAAAAAGAAAUUGUCUACAGUGAACUCAGUGUACUGGGCUCAUCUAUCCAAUUGGAAAAUUAUGAUGUAACUGAUCUUGUACAGACUUAUCUGAAUGCUUUAGAGCGUCAUUGGGCUUGGCUAUUACAAUUAACAUAUUGUUUUGAAGCACAUAUAGAACAGAGUGCACGAUUUCAAAGUUUUUUCAAUGAUGUUGAACAAUGUGAAUUAUUACUAACUACAUCAUUAGAGGAAUUACGUUCUCUUUAUGAAUCAACGUUAAAUGCAACAACAACUGAACAAGGUGAAGCUCUUCUCAAGCAAUUACAAGAACUUCAUACUCGUGUAAUUGGUCAAGAGUCAUUUAUAUUUCAAUUAGUAGACAUAAGUCAAGAAAUUGUCCCUCCAAUACCAAGUCACGUGGAUGCACAAGAUAGUUCAACAACUUUGAUUGGUCGACGUAUACGUGUUCUAUGUUCAUUUCAACCAAAAGAUUAUUUCUCCGAUAAUCAAUCCUAUUCCGGUGAUGUAUCAAUCGUUAAUUCCGUCAAUACAAGUCAUUUAUCGAUUGCAAACACUAGUAUUAGUAGUGUUAUAGAACCAAUAUUUUGGCCAAUCGGCAACAAUACAGGUUAUUUUGAUAAAGGUGAUUUUUUCAUAAUAUUGGAAAAUCCAGAGAAUCAUAAGCUUCAGGUUCGUACAGCUAAUGGAUCUACAUUAACUGUUCCUUUGACAUGUUUUCUACCAUGUUGGCCUUGUAGUGAAGCGAUGGAUCGAGCUAAACGUAUUAUUACAACUUUACAACAUUUUAAAACAUGUUGGUCUGAAUUAAAUUUACGAAUACAUGGACAUUUAUUAACUGUAACAAUGUCUAAGUUUAUUGAUGGUGCACCUCUUCAGUAUGAUAUUCCACAACAAAUAGACAUACGAAAAGUAAUUUAUCGUGAUGCUGAACGUUAUUGUUUAAAAUUACAACUAGCUAAUGUACCAGCGACAGAAGUGGAGAAAUUUAAACAACAUUUUCUUGAUUUUCAAAAUAGUUGUAUUGAACAGAUGAAUGGUGUUCAAGUUAUUGAUGACAAGAAUAGUAUUAGUAAUGAAGGUUUAUUGAUUAAAUCAUCAGAACUUUAUUCAAUUAUCGAUGAACUGAGAACAGUGUUGAGUACGUUGACAGUACGUCUUAGAGAGUCAAAUUCAAUACCCUUACCAGGUAGAUCAGUAGAUAUGGAAGUUCGCAUCAGGGAUCACAAGGAGUGGUCUCAUGCUUUAGCUCGUGUUCGUGCUCAAUGUACAGAAUUAGAAGAACAUAUCAAUAAUCAGUUACAAUCACGAUCAUUGAAUGAACAAGAUACAUUGUUGAGUACAAGUCUUUAUGCCCUACAUAGAGCAGCUAGUGAGCUAGCACUAACUGGUCAUGAAUUUUCUUGUCGAUUAGCUGACGCGGACGCAUGGAUUGCUCGUUUAGAACAAACUGAUCAAAUAUUAACGGAAUGUGAAUUAUGUCUACUUGGUUGUGCAGUACGUGUACAUGGUCUAUUACAACUUGAUGAUUUGAAUAGUUCAACUGAUCCAGAUGGUCUUCGUGUUACAGUGGUGGAAAGAGCUCAUCGAGAUUUAAAGUCGGUAGCUGAGCGUCUUCCUCAAAUUCGCUCCGAUCUAGAUUUACUUGGUCAACAAUUAACUAGAUUUAUGGUUUCCAAUGGGGCAUUUAACGAAACUCUCCAUUAUGAUACUGCUAACCUAUAUGAAAAUUCAAAUCUGAUAAAGAUGCAUUUAUCACCUUGCACUGAUAAUCACUAUUUAGAAUCAAAUCUUGCUUGUUCUGAACAUCGUUUAGCUGAAGCAACUAAAGAAGUUGAACAAGAACUCAAAGCAUUCGGUGAAUCACUAAUCUGUUUCUCAAAUUAUCAAAAGUUAUCUAAUCAACUUAUUUUUUGGUCAAAUGAAUUCUCUUCUCGUAUGCGAUUAUUUGGUGAAACUGCUCAGUCUUUAGGAUUAAAAUCAUCCAAUACAAAUAUGAUUACUGUACAAAACCCUAGUUUAUUAAAAGAAAUUCUUAAACAAUCCGAUGAUUUAUUAACUGAUUUACAAGUUAAUUCAGAUGUUAUGGAACAAUUGAAUAAAGAAGUAGCUCACUUAAUAUCUUCAUUAACUGAUUAUGCUCAACAUACUCAAAAUUAUCGUGAAUUAGUUGAGCGUGUAUUUCAGAAAGCUGGUGGUUCACGAGAUUAUCAAUGGUCACCAGGAUAUGGUUUAUUUGAUAUGGGUAGAGUAUUACAAACAACUGAUCAAUUGAAUGAACAAUUUAAUACACAUUCUCGUCGUAUAUAUGAUAUAGUCAACUGUUUAAAUCGGCUUCUGCGAUCCGAAGAACCUAUCUCUAUGAAUUUAUGUGGUCCAAUUUUUGUAAAGCCUUAUCGUGAACUAUACAUAGGCAAAUGGCCAAAUGAAUUAAACAGUCGUCUAAAAGAAACUGAACCGUCUUUUUCUCCCUUGGUAUCACGAUCAAAGUAUCAAGAAAAUGGAAAAGACCACACAUUACCAUUAGAAGUUCCAAAUAAUUCAAAAGAUAAAAAUCACUCAGAUUUAUCGUAUUUUAAUCAACUAAUUGGGGAAAAAGGACUCAAAUAUAGUGUAUGUCUUAAUGAUGUGCGAAGUCAACCGGUGUGUUUACUCCCAACUGGUUGGGAAGCAGCUACAUUGAGUGCAAUAUCCAAAGCACAUGAAUUAUAUGGACAAAAGCUUUUUCCGACUACUGGUGCAUGGUUUGUGACUAAUUUAGCUGGUGAGAAUGAAACAUAUGGACUUGGUGAAACUAUUUGCGUAGGAGAUGCACUACGAUGUGGAUUAAUUGAUCUAGUUGGACAUAAUUGUCAUCAAAAUCGAAGUUCACUUUCCAUUUCCUGGUCUGAAGCAAUUGAGUGUGGCUGGUUAACUGCUUAUACUAUUCAGGCUUUUAAUAGAAAUAUAAAAAUUGGUGAUUAUAGUGCAUCUGUAACAGAUUUUCUGACUAGUCCUUCACGUAGCCCUGUCGACCGUCAUAUCGACCCAAAGACUGGUGUGGUCAUGCCAUAUGGUAAAAAAAUUAUUGAUUUAUACUCAGAUGGAUUCAUAAAUGAUGCAGAUUUUCAUCAUUUAGCUUCUAUUCUAUCUAGUGGCAUGUGUGUAGAAUUUCGAGAUUGUCAGUUGACAUGGUAUGAAGCCCUAAACAUUGGUCAAACAGAUAUAUCUUGGAAACCUUGUCUCUCUGAUUGGUUAUCUGCUGGUGCGUACAAUCCAAAUACACGACGUUUACGUGUCAGUUUACUGAAGUCUGGAAAAGGCAAUAGCAAAAGUAAAUCAUCGAAUAAUUCAUUAGUGUUCGCUGAAAAUGAAUUAACAAUCAGAGAUGCAAUUAAAAAUGGACUUCUGGACAAUACUGUUCCAGAAGUUAUUGUCCCUGUUGAAAACCAGGUGGGUGGUAACCAUGCUACCUCUUAUCGACGUGUCAGUCUGUCUGAAGCUGUUCAAAUAGGUCUUGUUGAUGAUGUGUCUGGUUAUUGGCUCGGAUCAAGUUCAUCUUCCAGUCGAACGAAAGUUGGCGUGGAAGUGGCUCAAGCUGCUGGCUUAUUAACUAAAGCUCCUUGUCUAGCUGAAAUAGUCUUAUCUGGACUUAUAUCUUUUACUGCUCCGAACAUGAACGAAAUACAUUCUAAAAGCGAUGUGGGUAUUCUUGAUGCCCACACUGGUCAAUAUGUAUUGUUUCCAGAGGCAAUUAAACGUGGAAUGAUAGUUGGAAAUCAACCAGCCAUAAUUCUUAUGCAAUCGCAUCCCAAUCAAGUAUUGACUUUAGUCGAAGCUCUGAAUACAAAUUUAAUCACGCCGUCCGGAUUUAUAAUGUUUGAAAAUAAACCUAUGAAUUUGUGGGAUGCAGUUAACAAUAAUUAUAUCCGACUUAUAUAUACUAAAUCGUAUCCACCGCCUGUAGGUUUAUUAUUGGGUGCUAAGGUAUCAAAUCAGACGCAUUGUCAACAUCCUAUAUUACAAGCUGUUCUUACAGGAUUAAUUGAUUCAUCAAAGGAGGAGAUAGUUCUGUCUAGCACAGACCCACAUCAACGUGGUACAAGCUCUUCACAACAACUUAUCUCUUUAAGAAAGUCAGCUAAGCAUUCAGCAUUAUGUGAUUUACACUCUAUACAGUUAUUAACUCAAGGAUGUGGAUUAUUUAAUGAAGAUGGUCAUGAGCUAACUGGUUUGGAUGCACUUAACUCUGGCUGGUUAAAACCAUGUAAUGAUUUUCAAAUUGGUUCAACCAUAACAUAUGGACAAAUAACAGAUCCUAUUAAUGGGUCGUCUAUGAUAUUAUCGCCAAAUAUGAAGGCAAUGAAAAAUAUUGAUAUAUCACCAGUUGGGGCUCAACUACUGUUAGGCUUAUCUAUCAAUCGUCCUUCUUUGGCUUAUUUAGUUAAUCAACGUUUUAUAACACGUUUGGCAUGGCUUGGUCCAGGUUUACAUAAUGAUAAAUUGAUAAAUAAAACACUGAAUGAAUCAUGGUUUACACAUAGCUGUCGAUCUGAUGAUAUAUUAGCUGUUAUAGAUCCUAUUAGUAGACGCAAGAUCACACAAUCAGAAGCGAUACGUCGUCAUCUACUGGACAUGGAAACUGGCACAUUCCGAGAUCCUGUUCAUAAUCAAAUCUAUCCAAUUAGUGAAGCAAUAGAAAGAGGAUAUAUUUUAGUGAAAGAAAAAUCUCUUAUAGAUAACACGGCAUCUGUACCCCACUCACUUCAUUCAGAAGUAAAUGAAUCAAUCGAAAUGGUUUCUGUCAAGGAGACUCGUCUAUACAAGAUUUUAAAUGUUCUCGAUCCUCGUACUGGUACUCGGAUUGAUCCAAACGAAGCUGUUAAGAAAGGUCUUAUCAAUUUGGAAUCUUUCACAUAUCAUGGUGUACAACCAAGUAUCCCAAUUGAAUCAGCGCAACAAUUAGGCUAUAUAUCAAUUUAUGGUAAUGAUUAUGAAGCCUCUCAUGAUAGUCUUAUGGUGGAUUCCACAGAUAAGUCAUCGUAUACUUUAGUUCAAUUAUUUAAUAAUGGUCAACUAGUUAAACAGUCUGGGUCGAAAUGUGUUAUCCAUGACCCAGGAUACACAGAUCCAAUGUCUUUAAAUGCAGCUAUUAAAAUGGGUUUAGUUAAUGUUGAACAUUCAAUAGUGAAAGAAUUUGACACAGAAAAAUUGUAUUCAUUGGAUAAAGCUAUUUCAGUUGGUUUGAUCAAUGAUCAUAAAGGUGUUUUGUUGUAUAAAAAUAAAUGGAUUCCAUUGACUGAUGCUAUAAAUCGAGGUUUGAUAGCUGAGAAAAAAUUACCAACAGAAAUACCGACUUUUGAAGAAGCUCUUGAGAAAGGAUUAAUUGAUCCAGCCUCAAAUACUUUUCAUCAAUCAGAUAACACUAAUAAUUCUAAUCAGUCCAAUUCUAUAAAUGUUCAUGACGCUAUUAAACAAGGAUUAUUGAAACCUCCGGCUACUGAAACAUUUCUUGAAAAUCUCAAUGGUUUACCAAAUAAAGGAUAUACUCAUAGUAUGGAUUCCUUAUUAGCUAUCAAAAGACGAAGUGCAAAAGAUUCCAAUUAUGCUGCUGAUUUACGCAAUAACACAUUGCCUCCUGUUAUACCAUCUGGCCAUUUAUUUAGUAAUGGAAAUGGUUUUAUUGCUAACAGUGGUCGUAGUGAAUCAAGAUUGAUUAAAUUUUUAGAUUGUCAUGGUGUUGGACGACUACGUGGAAAAUCAUCUCAUUGUAAUUUACGUUCAAAACCUACAGUAAAUGAUGGAGAUGAAUAUACUAUUCGUAAAAAACCUAGAAUAAAAAGCUGUGAUAUACCUAAACUGAAAGAACGUAAUUGCGUACUUUAUGCUUUCUAUUAUCUACAUGAUGAUGUACGUGUUGAAGCCUCUAUCACCGAUACAAUGGUUCGUGAAGGUCGUGUUGACGUGCAUAGAAAAACUAUUUGUGAUCCAAUCAGUGGGAAAUUCUAUCCUAUUCCGGAAGCAUUAACAAAAGGUUUUGUUUUCGGUAUUGUUUUUACUCAAGCUGAACAACAUUUGGAAAAUGAUCAACAAACAUCUAAUUCUUUAUAUUGGCUAGAAGUAUUUCAUUAUCGUCAUGAUAUAUAUCGUUUAGAAAGAGUAUUUGAUCCCCAUUUGAAUAGUUUACUUCCAGUAUCUGAUGCAAUAAGGACUGGUAUUAUUGAUCCUAUCCAUUGUUCAUAUACUCAUUCAGUAAGUGGAAAUUUAUAUUCAAUCGAAGAAGCUUUGUAUCAAGGUUGGAUACAAGCAUUGCCUGUUGGUAAUCCACCACCAUUUGACUUAAUUGGCAGUUCAUUUGAUCACGUUCAUGUACGUACAGUUGAAGAAACUACCAUUUUUACAACAUCUGUGCAUACUAUACUUCGUGAUAAACAACUUCAAAAUAAUAUAAAGAAAGAAAUCUGUUCAACUGAUCAAAAACCUAUGCAUAUUUUACCACAGACGACAUUAAAUGUACAACGUCAAAUGCAAUGUAAAACACCACCAAGUUAUCGACCUAAUCAUCGGAUACCGACAGAUUCUUCUACUAGAUAUCAACUGAAACCAGACCAUCAGAUUACACCAGCUGAAAGUAAUGAUGACAUGAAAAGUGAGAAACCUGCCUUUUCGACAUAUUCAAAUCUUAGUAAACAACACUAUAAUGAUCGUAAACAAGAGGUGAAUAAAACUACUAAGAAUACACAUUUUAGGAAUUCUUCAGAAUCACCGCUGAAGUCACUAGUUCAGCCUUUCCAACUUGUUCGUCUAGUUGACAGUACUACAAUACCAGCCAUUAGUUUAUCAUUAGUAAGAUAUCAAUAUCCUGACCCUACACCAAAAAUUACUUCAGCUUCGUCAUCAAAAUAUACACCACGGUAUAUUCUUCUUGAAACUGCUAUUCAAAGAGGAUGGAUAGAUAAUGAACAUGGUUUACUAAGAACACAAUGUGGAAGAACUAGUACAGUUAAUUUAUUAGAAGCUGUAGAAAAAGCAUUAAUUGAUCCUAGUCAAUUACUCGUAUGUGUUCAACAUUAUAAUGAAGAUGGUUUGAAAGAACAUCCAAUGUACGGUGACCAGGAAAUACCUGUUUAUUAUAGUUUAGCAACUAUACUUGAUACAGCAACAUUAAUAAUUCAAACAGAAACGACAGAGCCUUUACAUGACCACUGGCAAUCAAAUCUAUUGAAACUACUAAUUAAAACAGGAAUACGUUCAACAACUGUUCACGGUAGAAUGAACGUCAGAAUCGAAAAACGAUUAAGCGAAAGUGAUAAAGAAAUCAUUCGAAAAAAUGUACUACAUAAAAAAAUAAUAUACAAAAAUGAUGAUAACGGUAAAAUUGACGGGUAUGAAACCAACGAAUACAUCAAAUUAUCAGACAACAAAGUAUGCAUCAACAACAAUCAAAGAAAAAAUGAGACGUCGAAUGCAAAUACAUGUACUCAAAGCAAUACGAUGACAGAACAAAUUCUAACAAACAUGACCAAUAAUGAAAUAAUGCUAAAAAAACAAAAAGAAAAAUAUAACAACCACAGAAUAGAUAACAAUUCCGAAGAAAACGCUCUUCCCAGAACACUAAAACGAAACACCGCAAAAGAAAGGUCGUUUAACGAAGAGCCUGAUAAAAUGCCCCAUUACGAUGUAUCUGGUGUGGAUAUGGACGAUGUUGAUGUGAAGAGGCGAGUGAUGCAAACGAGUGAGGGUGUUUUGUCGUCGAGCAGAGAUGGUGUUGUGAUGGGUGUGGGUUCGACGAGUGUAUCCGAAUUGUUGUCCGACAUGACAGAGAGACGAGGUGUGGACAGUGGUUUGGAUUCGGACAUGUUGUCGUCAGAUGGUGUUAGGUAUGGAGAAGUGUCUGUUCUGCCUGAGAAGCGUGGACUUCAGUUGUGUGAGGCGAUUGACAUGGGUCUUGUUGACACAAAGUCUGGACUAGUUCGUGAUCCGUCUAGUGGUGAGGUGUUGACGUUGUCACAGGCUGUGAACAGUGGUCUUAUAUCGGGUGAGCAGUCGUUGGUUCGCGAUCCUAGUUCCGGACGUCUCGAGAGUCUUGGUAGAAUGAUGUUGACAGGUUUGUUGGCGCCUGCAGGUUUGAUUGCUCUGGCGAUGAAGUCGACGUCCUCGAGACCAGGAGAUGUGGUGUGUCAGUCGACGAGUGCUUCGGAGCCAGUUGUAGAUGUUGGUGUGGGAAGGUUGUCUGAGGUUGGAUCUGUCGUUGGUACGGGUGAUUCAUUGUGUGUGGAUGGGAUUGGUGCAAGUGUGGUCGACAUGAAGAGCGAUCAACUGGAGUCGGCGACUCGUCCAUCCGACUUGAUGAUGACAGAUGUGAGAGUGAUUGAACGUGGUGAGAUGAGUUUCGAUCGUGACGUGACCCCAGUGCAUAGAGGUGGUGAUGAAUCUGAGGGUGUUGUGUCAUCAGAGACAAUUUCUGAUUACGGUGUAUCUGGUGUGGAUAUGGACGAUGUUGAUGUGAAGAGGCGAGUGAUGCAAACGAGUGAGGGUGUUUUGUCGUCGAGCAGAGAUGGUGUUGUGAUGGGUGUGGGUUCGACGAGUGUAUCCGAAUUGUUGUCCGACAUGACAGAGAGACGAGGUGUGGACAGUGGUUUGGAUUCGGACAUGUUGUCGUCAGAUGGUGUUAGGUAUGGAGAAGUGUCUGUUCUGCCUGAGAAGCGUGGACUUCAGUUGUGUGAGGCGAUUGACAUGGGUCUUGUUGACACAAAGUCUGGACUAGUUCGUGAUCCGUCUAGUGGUGAGGUGUUGACGUUGUCACAGGCUGUGAACAGUGGUCUUAUAUCGGGUGAGCAGUCGUUGGUUCGCGAUCCUAGUUCCGGACGUCUCGAGAGUCUUGGUAGAAUGAUGUUGACAGGUUUGUUGGCGCCUGCAGGUUUGAUUGCUCUGGCGAUGAAGUCGACGUCCUCGAGACCAGGAGAUGUGGUGUGUCAGUCGACGAGUGCUUCGGAGCCAGUUGUAGAUGUUGGUGUGGGAAGGUUGUCUGAGGUUGGAUCUGUCGUUGGUACGGGUGAUUCAUUGUGUGUGGAUGGGAUUGGUGCAAGUGUGGUCGACAUGAAGAGCGAUCAACUGGAGUCGGCGACUCGUCCAUCCGACUUGAUGAUGACAGAUGUGAGAGUGAUUGAACGUGGUGAGAUGAGUUUCGAUCGUGACGUGACCCCAGUGCAUAGAGGUGGUGAUGAAUCUGAGGGUGUUGUGUCAUCAGAGACAAUUUCUGAUUACGGUGUAUCUGGUGUGGAUAUGGACGAUGUUGAUGUGAAGAGGCGAGUGAUGCAAACGAGUGAGGGUGUUUUGUCGUCGAGCAGAGAUGGUGUUGUGAUGGGUGUGGGUUCGACGAGUGUAUCCGAAUUGUUGUCCGACAUGACAGAGAGACGAGGUGUGGACAGUGGUUUGGAUUCGGACAUGUUGUCGUCAGAUGGUGUUAGGUAUGGAGAAGUGUCUGUUCUGCCUGAGAAGCGUGGACUUCAGUUGUGUGAGGCGAUUGACAUGGGUCUUGUUGACACAAAGUCUGGACUAGUUCGUGAUCCGUCUAGUGGUGAGGUGUUGACGUUGUCACAGGCUGUGAACAGUGGUCUUAUAUCGGGUGAGCAGUCGUUGGUUCGCGAUCCUAGUUCCGGACGUCUCGAGAGUCUUGGUAGAAUGAUGUUGACAGGUUUGUUGGCGCCUGCAGGUUUGAUUGCUCUGGCGAUGAAGUCGACGUCCUCGAGACCAGGAGAUGUGGUGUGUCAGUCGACGAGUGCUUCGGAGCCAGUUGUAGAUGUUGGUGUGGGAAGGUUGUCUGAGGUUGGAUCUGUCGUUGGUACGGGUGAUUCAUUGUAUGUGGAUGGGAUUGGUGCAAGUGUGGUCGACAUGAAGAGCGAUCAACUGGAGUCGGCGACUCGUCCAUCCGACUUGAUGAUGACAGAUGUGAGAGUGAUUGAACGUGGUGAGAUGAGUUUCGAUCGUGACGUGACCCCAGUGCAUAGAGGUGGUGAUGAAUCUGAGGGUGUUGUGUCAUCAGAGACAAUUUCUGAUUACGGUGUAUCUGGUGUGGAUAUGGACGAUGUUGAUGUGAAGAGGCGAGUGAUGCAAACGAGUGAGGGUGUUUUGUCGUCGAGCAGAGAUGGUGUUGUGAUGGGUGUGGGUUCGACGAGUGUAUCCGAAUUGUUGUCCGACAUGACAGAGAGACGAGGUGUGGACAGUGGUUUGGAUUCGGACAUGUUGUCGUCAGAUGGUGUUAGGUAUGGAGAAGUGUCUGUUCUGCCUGAGAAGCGUGGACUUCAGUUGUGUGAGGCGAUUGACAUGGGUCUUGUUGACACAAAGUCUGGACUAGUUCGUGAUCCGUCUAGUGGUGAGGUGUUGACGUUGUCACAGGCUGUGAACAGUGGUCUUAUAUCGGGUGAGCAGUCGUUGGUUCGCGAUCCUAGUUCCGGACGUCUCGAGAGUCUUGGUAGAAUGAUGUUGACAGGUUUGUUGGCGCCUGCAGGUUUGAUUGCUCUGGCGAUGAAGUCGACGUCCUCGAGACCAGGAGAUGUGGUGUGUCAGUCGACGAGUGCUUCGGAGCCAGUUGUAGAUGUUGGUGUGGGAAGGUUGUCUGAGGUUGGAUCUGUCGUUGGUACGGGUGAUUCAUUGUGUGUGGAUGGGAUUGGUGCAAGUGUGGUCGACAUGAAGAGCGAUCAACUGGAGUCGGCGACUCGUCCAUCCGACUUGAUGAUGACAGAUGUGAGAGUGAUUGAACGUGGUGAGAUGAGUUUCGAUCGUGACGUGACCCCAGUGCAUAGAGGUGGUGAUGAAUCUGAGGGUGUUGUGUCAUCAGAGACAAUUUCUGAUUACGGUGUAUCUGGUGUGGAUAUGGACGAUGUUGAUGUGAAGAGGCGAGUGAUGCAAACGAGUGAGGGUGUUUUGUCGUCGAGCAGAGAUGGUGUUGUGAUGGGUGUGGGUUCGACGAGUGUAUCCGAAUUGUUGUCCGACAUGACAGAGAGACGAGGUGUGGACAGUGGUUUGGAUUCGGACAUGUUGUCGUCAGAUGGUGUUAGGUAUGGAGAAGUGUCUGUUCUGCCUGAGAAGCGUGGACUUCAGUUGUGUGAGGCGAUUGACAUGGGUCUUGUUGACACAAAGUCUGGACUAGUUCGUGAUCCGUCUAGUGGUGAGGUGUUGACGUUGUCACAGGCUGUGAACAGUGGUCUUAUAUCGGGUGAGCAGUCGUUGGUUCGCGAUCCUAGUUCCGGACGUCUCGAGAGUCUUGGUAGAAUGAUGUUGACAGGUUUGUUGGCGCCUGCAGGUUUGAUUGCUCUGGCGAUGAAGUCGACGUCCUCGAGACCAGGAGAUGUGGUGUGUCAGUCGACGAGUGCUUCGGAGCCAGUUGUAGAUGUUGGUGUGGGAAGGUUGUCUGAGGUUGGAUCUGUCGUUGGUACGAGUGAUUCAUUGUAUGUGGAUGGGAUUGGUGCAAGUGUGGUCGACAUGAAGAGCGAUCAACUGGAGUCGGCGACUCGUCCAUCCGACUUGAUGAUGACAGAUGUGAGAGUGAUUGAACGUGGUGAGAUGAGUUUCGAUCGUGACGUGACCCCAGUGCAUAGAGGUGGUGAUGAAUCUGAGGGUGUUGUGUCAUCAGAGACAAUUUCUGAUUACGGUGUAUCUGGUGUGGAUAUGGACGAUGUUGAUGUGAAGAGGCGAGUGAUGCAAACGAGUGAGGGUGUUUUGUCGUCGAGCAGAGAUGGUGUUGUGAUGGGUGUGGGUUCGACGAGUGUAUCCGAAUUGUUGUCCGACAUGACAGAGAGACGAGGUGUGGACAGUGGUUUGGAUUCGGACAUGUUGUCGUCAGAUGGUGUUAGGUAUGGAGAAGUGUCUGUUCUGCCUGAGAAGCGUGGACUUCAGUUGUGUGAGGCGAUUGACAUGGGUCUUGUUGACACAAAGUCUGGACUAGUUCGUGAUCCGUCUAGUGGUGAGGUGUUGACGUUGUCACAGGCUGUGAACAGUGGUCUUAUAUCGGGUGAGCAGUCGUUGGUUCGCGAUCCUAGUUCCGGACGUCUCGAGAGUCUUGGUAGAAUGAUGUUGACAGGUUUGUUGGCGCCUGCAGGUUUGAUUGCUCUGGCGAUGAAGUCGACGUCCUCGAGACCAGGAGAUGUGGUGUGUCAGUCGACGAGUGCUUCGGAGCCAGUUGUAGAUGUUGGUGUGGGAAGGUUGUCUGAGGUUGGAUCUGUCGUUGGUACGAGUGAUUCAUUGUGUGUGGAUGGGAUUGGUGCAAGUGUGGUCGACAUGAAGAGCGAUCAACUGGAGUCGGCGACUCGUCCAUCCGACUUGAUGAUGACAGAUGUGAGAGUGAUUGAACGUGGUGAGAUGAGUUUCGAUCGUGACGUGACCCCAGUGCAUAGAGGUGGUGAUGAAUCUGAGGGUGUUGUGUCAUCAGAGACAAUUUCUGAUUACGGUGUAUCUGGUGUGGAUAUGGACGAUGUUGAUGUGAAGAGGCGAGUGAUGCAAACGAGUGAGGGUGUUUUGUCGUCGAGCAGAGAUGGUGUUGUGAUGGGUGUGGGUUCGACGAGUGUAUCCGAAUUGUUGUCCGACAUGACAGAGAGACGAGGUGUGGACAGUGGUUUGGAUUCGGACAUGUUGUCGUCAGAUGGUGUUAGGUAUGGAGAAGUGUCUGUUCUGCCUGAGAAGCGUGGACUUCAGUUGUGUGAGGCGAUUGACAUGGGUCUUGUUGACACAAAGUCUGGACUAGUUCGUGAUCCGUCUAGUGGUGAGGUGUUGACGUUGUCACAGGCUGUGAACAGUGGUCUUAUAUCGGGUGAGCAGUCGUUGGUUCGCGAUCCUAGUUCCGGACGUCUCGAGAGUCUUGGUAGAAUGAUGUUGACAGGUUUGUUGGCGCCUGCAGGUUUGAUUGCUCUGGCGAUGAAGUCGACGUCCUCGAGACCAGGAGAUGUGGUGUGUCAGUCGACGAGUGCUUCGGAGCCAGUUGUAGAUGUUGGUGUGGGAAGGUUGUCUGAGGUUGGAUCUGUCGUUGGUACGGGUGAUUCAUUGUAUGUGGAUGGGAUUGGUGCAAGUGUUUUCGACAUGAAGAGCGAUCAACUGGAGUCGAAAAUUGGUGAUCUAAAGUUUUCUAUUUUUCCGCCCUUGUCGCACUCUGGUUUUUCACGUCCUGGAUUUGUUACUAAUCGUUGUUGGCGUAUGUGUGAUGAAUUUUCUGCCGAAUCAGAGACUACAAGAAAGCUUAUAUCUCAACUUUCCACUGCCUUGGAUAAAGAAGUUUCAUGGAUAACUGGUUUAGAACUAAAACUUUUACAAAUGGGGAAUUUGACUUUAGACGAUAAUUUAAACCGCCACCUCCUGGAUGAUCACCAAGAAAUUUUAGAUAAAAUUCGUACUCGUCAAUCUUCAAGUAGAUCUGUAUUAUUUCAAGCUGAACAAGCUAUCGAAACUUUACGUCAUACUAAGCAACCAGAAUCUAUUUGGAAACAAUUAGAGGUAAAAUGUCAAGAAUUGCGAACACAUUUAGAAGAUCUACAAACUGAAGCUGAGGGUCGAGUUCGAAUUUUACUUCAUAGUUUAGAUUCAUUAGAACAUCUUACUUAUAAAUUACAAAGUCUUCGUAGUCUAUUAGAAAAUCUAGAUUCUGUUUUAAUUGUUAACACACCAUCUGUAAAUACUACUACUACUGCUACAACUACAACUGGAGAAAAACAAUUGUCGAGUAAACUAAAUACAAUUAAUCAUCCAGAUGAAAUAGAUUCAUGUAUUUUACGAAUAAAAGCUGCUUUAAGUGAAUCAAAUUCAUCCCAUAAUAAUGUUAUUAGUACAUUGCCAAGUGUAAAACAAAAAUUCAUCGCAUCUGUUAAUCGUUAUGCUGAUAGUAAGAAAACAUAUAAUAUCAAAUUGAAUCAUUUCACCGGUUUAGAUUGUAAACAAUAUGAAGAUAAAAUUCAAAGAAACAAUAAAGAAUUAGAAGAUAGAAUAGAGUAUACAGUAAAAGAAGCAAAUAAUCGUCUUUUACAUUUAAUUGGUCGUUUAGAAAGUCAAUCAACAUAUCUUACAGAAAUUAAUAUUAUGUAUAAACAAUAUGAAAAACAUUUAUCUGAAUUCAUUGAUCAGUUGGAUAAAAUUAAAUUACAAUUAGGUACAAUUCAAAAAAGUCUUCUUCGACCUGAUGAAUUAAAUACAUUAACAGGGAAUAAAAUUAAAAAGAUUAGUCAAGAACAAUUAAAUAAAUUAUAUACAUUACAUGGUGAUCUAAACAAAAUUGAAAAUGAUUUGAAAAAUCUGAAAUCUGUUGAAUUACAUCUAAUUGAAGAGAAAUUCACAGAAGCUAAUCUCAUUACAAAUAAUUCAAUUAAUGCAAUUAAUCAACCAUUAGAAAAUGCAUUAAGUUACCAAAAACAAUUAAUCGAUCAAUGUGAAAAAUUACAAAAACAAUUUAUGAAAUGCCUAUUGACAAAUCAAACUACACAAGAAUGUUUAAAUGAAUUUUUAAAUCAAACAAAUCGUAUCGGUGAUCAAUUAUCAAAUGAUUACACCGAUAACAAAGCUGGUAAUGUUGCUAAGAUACAAUCUAUUGAAUUACCUUCAGAUAUGAUUAAAUUACAUGAAACUUUAGCACAAAUAAAUUCUAUACAAUCAGCUUCACAAACAAUAAGAAGUCGUUUAAAUCAAACAAUGGAACAAGUUAAAACAACUGAUCCUAAUAAAGUACGAUUAACACAAUCGGAAUUGAAACAAACUGAUAUUUUAGAUAAUCGACUUGAAACUUUAAAGGAUGAUGUUAUUUCACGAAUUUCACAAUUGGAUACAUUGAGAAAUCAGUUGGCACAGUGUGAUAAUGAAAUUAAUGAAUUUAAUAUAUGGCUUGAUGAAGUUGGAAAUCAGCUAAAUUGUCAAACAACUGCUCAUCUACCAGAAAACUACUUAAAGCACAAACUUCAGUCAAUUAAAAUGCAUAUACCAAAUCGUCAGCUACAUUUAGAUAAUAUACAACAAUCCAUUAGUGCUUUAUUAAACAAAAUCCCUGAAAACGAUGAUAAUGCUAAAUUGAUGAAAGAAAAUAUGGAUAAUUUGAAUAAUCGUUGGUCACAAUUACUUCAUUUAAUAAAUACACGUGAAGAUGAUUUAAAAGCAAGAGAAUCGUUUAAUAAUUCCUAUGCACAAGCACGUAAUCAAGUACAAGAAAUGUUGUUAAUUGCCGAUGGACGUUUAACUACUUUAUCAUCACCUAUCACUUUAAAUUUGAAUUCAGUAAAACAACAAAUGGACAAAUUAAAUGAAUUAUAUUCACUCCGAGAGACAAUCAAACAACAAUUAGAUGAAGUCGACCAAUUAGGCUCUGCUUAUGAUACUUUAUUACAUACACCAAGUGGAAUUGAUAAGAAUUUCGGACGUGGAACAACUUCAUCAAAUGAUGUUCAUGUUUCUUCUUCAGCGGUACCACGUGUAUCCACUUCUGCUGCCUAUAAACAAUCAAAAGACAAUAAAUUAAUGAAUGUAUUAAGUCCAUUGGCUAGCAGUGGAUCAAGUGGCAUCUCCAGUGCCGAUCCUAUGUGUAAUCUACAUGAAAUUAAUGAAGUCAAUCGUGAAUUAGACGAGCUACAUGAACGUUAUGAUCAAUUAGGUAAUUGUUUAAACGAACGCCGUAAUGAAUUUAAAUCUUUAAUAAUAAAUUUAAAUAAUUUUGAAGAAAAACGUUUAGAAUUAAUAAAUUGGCUUGGAGAUUAUAUGAAAACAAUGAAUAAUCUUAAUAGAAAUAUUUCUACUAUACAAUCUGUAAAUCAAGCUAUUAAUGAAUUAAAAAAAUAUCGUGCUCAGUUCAAUGAACAAAUACCGAAACUUGAAAUGGUUCGUCAAAGUUUUACACAAGUUUUACACAAUCGUGAUCAUAUGCCAGGUGCUGUAGAAUUAAGAAAUUCAAUGCACUCCCUUGAACAACAGUGGAAUGAAGCGGUUGUUUUAAAUGAUAAAUCACAGCAAGAUUUAAACAAGUUACAACAUGAUUUAAACGAAUUCCGUAAACUUGAAAUUGAUCUCACACGAAAAUUACAGCAAAAAGCGAAUCGAAUACAUAGUGUACAUGACAAAUGCCUUGUGGAUAAUACUAUGGGAAGUGAAAGUCACCUGAACCAAAUUUCUACACUUCGUCAAGAACUGGACAGUGUUGUUCCAGAAUUAAAUAAAUUUAAUCAUUUAGUACAAAAUUUCAAAAAUUUGCUUCCUGAAUCUUUAGUAAAUCAAUUAGACUUCAAUUCUACAAAUGAACGUGUUCGAAAUGAUUUCAAUCAAUUAGUAAAUGAAUUAUCAAAAUGGGAGAAUGAAACAAUGACUAAAAUUGAACCUAAAAAUAAUUAUGAACAAUUAGUGCAACAAUUGGAUUCACAAUUUAAAACAAUUAAAACGAAAAUGGAAUGCAGUCCAGAGAGAGAACCUCUCGAGAAGACAAAGGAUUUAAAUGAGAUAAGUAAGAAAAUUGAAGAAAUAAAACCAGUAUUGGAAAAAGCUGAACAAUUAUGUACACAAUUAUGUGAACAUUCUGCAAAUCCAACAGAUCAGUGUAAUAUGAAAACGAAACUUUUAGAUCUUCAACAUUCAUAUGAUCAAUUAAUUAAUGAAUAUCGUAGACGUGAAGAUGGGAAGACUGAACAUUCACCAUCAUUGCUCACAAAAUCUGAAAUAAGUCCAAUAAAUAAACUAGGUGAAUUAAAUCAAUGGUUAUCAGUGAAGAAUAAACAAUUACAGAAUAUGUCUCAUGAUCUGUUAAAUUCCAGUGUAUCACAAACAAGUAUACCAGAAACAAAGCAAAUUGAAAGUGAUUUACAAAACUUAGAAUCCAUGUCAGAAGAAUUAAAAGUUAAACAAAGAGAAUUACAAGAUUUGAAAGAAAAUAAUGAAUUAAAUUCAUCAUCACUUCCAAUGGAUUCUAAAACUAUAGAUUUAUGCAUAAAUCAAAUGAAUUUAUUACAAAACGCUGUGACAGCACAACAGCACCAAUUAAAAUCAAGAACCAGUAAAGAAUUUCUCUUAUCUGAACAGUUGGAACAAUUGGAAGUAUGGAUAACUAAUGAAGCAAUUCAAUUACUUAAUGAACCUUUAGCAAUAAAUGGGCAGUAUUUAGAUGAAAAACCGAUUCCACUAACAAAUCAACAACAAACAUUACAAAAUCGUAUACAAACUAUUCAUAAUAAACAGAUAGAAUUGAAUUCAUUGAAAGAAACAUUGAGCAAUCAAUCAAACAUAUUAACUGAAGAUCAACAAAAUAAAUUACAGAUUAGUACAAACUGUUUACAAAAUAAAUUUAAUAAAUUGGAGAAUGAUGUAAAAUUAAAACUUUCUCAUAUUGAUAAGAUUCAAAAGGCUUAUUCAGCGGUACAAAAUUUACUUGAUACUUACAAACAUUCAUGUGAUGAUCUAGAAACUCGAUGGUUAAAUCUACAACAAGUUUUAUCUAAUAUAGAAGUAAAAGAUCUACUCAAAUCAUCAUCUUCAUCACCAAUAUCAUCAUCUCCACCUCCUUCACCAUCCAUCACAAAACCAUCAAAUCAAAUUAAACAAAUACGUGGUCAAAUGAUUGAAUUACAAACUGAAUUAUCAGAAUUAACUAAUCAUUCACCGAAAUAUUUCGAUUCAAAAGAUAAUUCAUCUAAUAUUAGUUUAGUUCAUCAAUUAAAUCAAUUAGAAUCACUCAUUCAAUCAAAUGGUGAUACAAAAUCACAACAAUCAAUGCAGAAACUAUUCGAUGAAUUACAAUUAACAACUAAACGAUUAGAAACUAUUGGACAAGCAUUAGAAACGAAUUUUGAAAUGUUUCAAAUUAAAGAUAUGGAUCCAUUUUCUAUACAUUUUAUUAAAAAAUUAAAUAAUAUUUAUGCUGAAUUACAAAAUAUUCAAUUAAAUAUUAAUGAAAAUGAAAAAAUAUUUAAUUUAAAUUCAGAGACAACACAACAAAGAAUUGGAUAUUUUAAAGAGUUAUUAAAUCAGCUUAAUGACUGCAAGCAAAAUCUGAAUGAUGGACGUGCUGAAUUAGCUGAUAAAAUGGUAUCAUUACCAGAUGAAAGGAAACUUAGUCCAAUUUACUCCAAUUUCUUAACAACCCUGAAUCAAUAUGAUACUCAGUGUAACAAUAUGUCAAAACAAAUAAAUAACAUUAUUAGUGCAUUAAAUAAUCGCGUUAAACAAACGGAACAAAUGGCAACACUUCGUCAAAAUAUUAAUAGUUCAUUGAAAAAAGUUAGAGAAUCUCGUCAACUACCUUUAAAUGAACAGUAUCUUCAAAAAGAAUUAGACUUAUUAGAUUCGAAUAUGAAAUCGUUGAAAGAAUUAAGUGAAGAGUUAUGUAAAUCACCAAAUGAUUCAUCUGAUAAACAGAUUAGUUCGCAUCAAUUAGAAUAUGAAAUAAAAUCAUUAGAGAAUGUAAUUCAUGAAGAAUUAGCCAAUUCAAAAUCUGUUAUAUCACCUGAAAAACAAGCUGAACGACUGAUAUCACAUUUACGUGAUACUCUAGUUGAGGUUCAACAUGAUCUUCAUAUACUUGCAAGUCAUUUAUUAUCACCAGAUCUGUUAUCACCAUCUUCAUCAUCACCUAAUCAAGAAAUGAUUACAUCAAUAAUAGAUGAUUAUCAUACAUUAAAUAGUCGUAUACUUGCAAGAAAAGAUAGUUUUGAACAAUUAGAUAAAUUAAUUCAAUCUACACAAAAUAUAUCAAAUCAAAAUAGAUUGAAUUUUGAAAAACAACUAAUAAAAGAUGAUUAUGAUUGUGUACGUAAAGAGAUACAAUUUAAUUUGAAUAAAUUUCGUUUAUGUAAUGAAAGUGAAAAAUUAUUCAAUGAACGAAUUCAUCAAAUAUUAAAUUGGUUAAAACAAAAACAAUUGUGUUUAAAUGAACCAAUAAAAGUAAUUAAAACAACACCAGGUAAUACAACAAUUUUAAUGGAUUUAACUGAAGAAUUAAAAAAAUUAAAAAGUUUAUCAGAAGAGAUUGAAAAUUAUCAAUCAACUAUUGAUGAGAUUAAAUUAAGCGGUGAACAGUUAUGUAAAUCAGGUAGAUAUUUUGUAAAUGAAGAUUCUAUACAAAAUCGUUUAGUAAAUCUAAGUGAUAUUUAUGAAGAACUGCAAUCAGAUACAAAACGAAAAUUGUUUAUUUUAGAAUCUAGUUUGCCUGUAGCUCAAUCUUUAACAUCCUCUGUGAAUACACUCAGUUCACGUUUACUUAGUGUUGAAUCCCGGCUUAAUGGAUUACUAGAAAACAAUACAAAAGAAGUUUAUUCAACCCAAGUAGAGAAGUCAUUGAUAGAUCAAUUAGAAUAUGAAAUGAUCAAUGGAUUAGAACCACAAUAUCAACAAGUUCAUAAUUUUUGGAAUCAAUUAAAACAAAUUUGUAAACCUAUUGAUUUGUUUACUAAUCCUUCAACAUUGACAACAACACAUUUCCCUAAUCAUUCAGAUGGUAAACUUGGACAUGUAGAACAAAUAGAUAAUGAAUUAAAACGAUAUGAUGAAUUCAAUGAAAAGCUUACCGAUUUAGCUAAAAUUGUUGGUAGUAAUCGUCAAAAAGCUAAACAAUUAAUGCAUAAAUUAGAAAUCAAGGCGCAAUGGUUAGAUUUAGCGUUGAAACGUUUUGAUCCAAAAAUAUCCGCUGCACCAUCAUUAGAUUGGGAUAAUUAUUCUGAUGAAAAUCAUUUUACAGUUAAUGAGUCAUCGGUAAAAAUGCCAACUAUACAUUCACUUGGUACUGAAUUUCCUUAUUUAGCUGUUCUACCAUAUCAACCUGUUAUGUUAGAUAAACUACAUAAAAGAAUAGAACAAUUUCAAGGGAAUUGGAAAAAACAUCAAAUUGAUUUAACUCAAUUAUGCGACCAAAUUCAUGACAUAAUACAAUUAUCUGCAUUAUCAACAAGUUCUGGUAAUCAGAAUAGUGCCAUAAAAUCAUCAUUAUCAUCAUCGCCUAUAAAAACAAACAAAUCUUUCGUACCAUUUACAACAGAUAAAUUUUAUCAUGAAUUGAGUGAUGCUGUGUCUAGUGUUUCAAAACAAAUGAUAACACUUGAUAAUCGAUUAAAUCAAACAGAAAUUAAAUUUGCUGAGGUUUAUCCAUUAGCUAAAUGUUUUACAACUGAUAUGUACGAAUUUCAAAACUGGCUUCAACAUAUUGAAGAAGCGAAGAAUGAAAUAGUUGACAAUUUAUCAGAUUCCAGUGUUACAGUUGAUGAUUUAGGAGAUAAUCGUAAACGAAUUGAGAUGAUUAAGAGUUUAGAUAAUGAGAUUGAACGUCAAAAAUCUGUAUUGGAUAGAAUUUUAAGAACAAGUGGACCAUUAUUAUCUUUAAUUGCUCCAAAUGAAGCUAACACUGUUCGUUUGCAAGUUAAACAAAUCUGUGAUAAUUAUGCUAAUUUACGUAAAUUGAUUAAAACUCGUGCAAUCAAGGCAGAGGCCAAUUUGAAACAAUCAGAUGAGUUUGUCGAGCAAUUACAUUCAAUGUCAGACCUCUUUUCUGCUAUAUCAGAACAAGCUGUUCGACUAGGUGUUCCUCUGGAAGUAUCCGGUACAACUGUUAAACCGUCCAUAUUAUCUAAUGUUCAAAAUGAAAGUUCAAAACAGUUACUUGACCAACAUCAAGCUUUAGAUAUGUUGGGCAGAAUACAUUCAAUGACAAGUGUUCAACCAGAUCAUUUAGAAGAACAUAUUAAUGGAACAUCUGCUCUUAUGGAAGCAUUGGAAUGUCGUUUACCGGAAUUGGAAGCACUUACUAUUAGUAUUCGUGCUCAAUUGGAAUCAAAACCAACUGUUAAAGAGUCGACUACCACUCGUGAACCGGGAACAGUUGAAUUAAUUGAAUCAGUUGAUUUAGAAGCAGUUUUGAAAAAUGCUGAAAAACUUCAAACAGAUUGGAUAAAAUUACAUAAUAAAUUAAAUUCACGUGUAAUUACACUACAAUCAGCUUAUAAAACAUCAUCAGAACAAUUUUGGCCAAUUAUAUCAGAUCUAAGAAAUAGAUUAGAUAAAAUUAAAGAAUCAUUAAACAUUAUCGGAUCAGGUUGUAGUUUAAAUGAUCCAUGUAUUCGACGUGAUCCACUUGAUUCAAAUAGUUAUAAAGAACAAUGUAAAGAUUUAUUUGAAUUAAGAGAUGAAUUAAAUGAUGUAAAUCAACAAUUGAAUGAAUCCUAUGAAGCUGGUCAGAAAUUGAUCAAUUUAAUUAAUGGACAAAUAACUGACAAUUCAACACCAUCAUCGCUAUCACAAACAUCAAUAUUGCCAACAAUAAUGACUGAUAGCUUUAGUUUAAGACGAGAUGAAGAACAAGCUAUACGUAAUGAAGUUGAUUAUGCUUUACAUGGAUUAAAAGUAUCACAUGAACAUCUGAUUGAUAAAUGUGAAUGUUUAAUUAAACAACUCAAUGAACGUGAAAUAUGUGCCGCACAGUUUAAGUCUGAUUUAGUAGAUUUAAUGAAAUGGUUGACAGAACAAGAAAAUAUAUUCGAUAAUUUUCAGCCUAUAUCAAAUAAUGUUGAUAUUGUUACAAAACAAUUAAGUGAAAUAGUUCAAUGGAAUGAUAAUUUAAUGAAUAAACAUUCUGAUGUAGAAGCAUUAAAUUGGUUAGCUGGAAAAUUGAUGUCUAAUACAGAUAAUGAACGUUUCACUUUAGAUGAUACAAACGAUGACGGAACAUUUCCAGUACAAAAUACUACAUCAUUACAAUCUGAUCUAACUGUGGCUAAUCGACGAUGGGACAAUUUAUUAGAUUCCGGCAAUAGUAGACGUCAUCGUUUACAAACUGUUUUACUUGGUUUAGGUGAAUUUGAAAGUGCUAUUGAUGGAUUAAUUAAAUGGAUUGAUCAAAUGCAAACAGCUGUAGAUCAAAUACCUAUACGUCGGGCAAAUAUUCGAGGAUUGGAAGCUGAUUUAGCACGCAUUAAAGUAAUUCAUCACAAUAUUAACAGUCAUCAGUUAGCUGUUGUAAGAAUAGAAGAACAAGCAAGAAAAUUAGAACGUGCUGAUUGCAAGAAAAUCGACAAAUCCUCUGGAAUAGAUACUAAUAAAGAUGUCAAAAGAAAAUCACAGACUUCAGAUUUAAAAACACCAGAUAUCCGAGAUAAAAUUAUUCAAAUGAAUAAAGCAUGGGAACAUUUGAAACUGAGUGUACGCAAUAAACAAGCAGCAUUAGAAGAAGCAUUGAGUGAGACCUUUAAUUUCCAUGGUCAGUUGGAUCAACUUAUACGUCGCACUCGACAGUUAAAAAGUCGGAUGCCCCCACCAGGUGCACGCAUUAUGGGUGGUUUGCCAGAUAGUGCACGUGAACAGUUACGUCGUUUCAUGGAAGUUUAUGAUGAACUUGUAAAAGUUGGAUCAGAGCUUGAUGAACUGCGUCGAAAUUCAGCUGCUUUGUUAGUUAAUCAGUCUGCAGCAGAAUCAUCUAAUCAAUUAACUACUAAUCUUGAACGUUUCUCUGAACAUCAUGCUCAAUUGUUAAAACAUGCUCAAGAUAUUCGUGACCGUAUGGAAUUAGGUUUAAAACAAGUCGAAGAAUUACAUGAUCAUUUAUCAAAAAUGAUGCAAUGGCUCACACAAAUGGAACGUAUUAUACUACAACAGAAACCAGUCAGUCGUAUUGUAGCUCGCCUAUUUCAAUUGAUACGUGAUCACACUGAAUUACGUAAAGAAAUUACUGGACAUCGUGAUGCUUUAAUUAAUUUAGAUCGUUUAGCAAGUCAAAUACAAUGUCAAUCACAAAAACAAGAUGUAAUAUUGGUAAAAAAUCUUUUAUCUAGUAUUCAUACUAGAUGGGAGCAAUUAGUCUCACGUAGUGCAGAACGUACACGUCAACUUAACACUGGUCUAAAGGAGGCCAGUAACUUUCUGGAUAAUUGGACAUCGUUAACAGAUUGGUUAAAGGAACAGUUGGCUUCAUUGGAGGAAGGUGGUGAUCGUGUCGCUACAAGACCUGAGAAAGUCGCUUAUCAAUUAGCAUUACAUCGUGAAUUACAACGAGCAUUAAGCACACGUACUGUGGCUUAUGAUGGAGUGCGUCGUUACGCUAGGCAACUACGUGACAGAGCACCAGUAUGUGAUCAUGAUGAAUUAGAUGAUAUGGUCAGUGAAUUAAAGCAUUUAUGGCAAGCAGUGUGUACAAAAGCCUUAGCCAGACAACGCAUUUUAGAACAAGCUCUUUUGGCAUCUGGUCUUUAUAAAGAAGCAUUGGAAGCUUUACUUGACUGGUUAAGUAAGAUUGAACCACAGUUAGCUGAACAACAAACUGGAAACUAUGGUGAUGUGGAUAUUGUCGAGCAAUUAUUAGAAUCUCAUCAUCGUUUCAAAGCUGAGCUGGAACAACGCUCCACAUCUGUGAAACUAAUACAUCAAGCUGCCAGUGAUUUAAUGAAUAAGGCUUCAUCUACUACUGACUCUGGAGCUGGUUCAUCAACUAGCAAUCAAGCUGAUGUGUUCGCUAUGCAAGCUCAAUUAAAUCAUUUAUCUAAAAUAUGGGAUCGUGUACAGAAUUUAACUCAACGUCGUAGUGAACGAUUGGAUCAAGCAUUAAAAAUGGCGCAACAAUUUCAGGAUACAUGUCGAAGUUUAAUGGAUUAUUUUGCUGGAGCAGAACGUGUCAUUCAUCGUUUGGCUGCUUUACCUACCUUCGAUGAUGAUGGUGAACUGGAAAUUGAAACUGCUGGCACUAACAAUCCACCAACUAAUUUAACAGAUGCAAUUACAGCUCAUCGACAAACACAUUCUAAUUUAAUGAAUCAAGCUGAUCGGGUUGAAGCUGCUUUACAAUUAGGCAAUAAACUUUUAUCUCAAGCUCAUCCAGCAGCUGUGAAACGUUUACGUCAAUGGGUUAAUACUAUUCGUACACGAUGGGAGGAGUUAACUUCAUGGUCGGAACAACGUGGAGAACGUUUGCAACAAGCUUUAGAAGAACAAAGUAAACGUAAACUUCAACGUGAAGAACUCAUGCAAUGGAUCCAUGUAAAAACUAGUGAAUUAAAAAGUAUUCCAACAUUAAUACCGAUAUCGUCAUUGUCAUCUUCCUCAACCAAUCUGCAAUCAGCUAAGAGUAAACUAGACUCAAAUGAUUCAAAAUCAAUAGACUCCAAAGACUUAUUUUCCAUAACUCAAGAGCGUAUUGCUAUGUCACCUGUAACUUCUUUAGUUCGUCAACCUAACGUUGUUGUCAGUAGUAAUGGUAGUAUAAAUAGUAAAGAUUCAAAACAACCUGAAACCCUUACUGAUUUUACAACAGUUUUAAAUGAAAUAAACGAUUCAAAAAUCAUUGGACAAUUACUCAAUCUACAUAGUCAUUUAGAAGAAGAAGUGAAACAAAAACAACCUAUUUAUGAAAAUAUUAUAAAACAUGCUAAACGACGUACACCAGUUAAAUCAUCUCAUAACAUUAAUAAUAAUCGCCGAAGUCGUUUACCAAUACGAUCCAGUGGUAAUCUAUCCAAUCGUUCUACUAAUAUAACAAAUCAACAACAUAGUUCAUCUAUAUCAGUUUUCACUUCACCGAAUAUUAAUCAAUUAUAUUUAAAUUGGAAAGAAUUAUGGAUUGCAAUGUUAACACGUAAAUCUCAAUUAAAUGAACGUUUAGCUUAUUUAAAUGAAGUGGAAAAAAUGAAAGAUUUUCAUUUUGAAUCAUGGCGUCAACGUUAUGUUUCAUGGUUAAGUACGAAUAAAGCACGUGUUAUUGACUUAUUUCAUCGUAAAGAUCGUGAUCGAGAUGGUCGACUUACAAGAGCUGAAUUUAUUGAUGGUAUAAUAGAAAUGAAAUUCCAAACAAGUCGUGUUGAAAUGGAAACAGUUGCAGAUAUAUUCGAUGCUAAUGGAGAUGGAUAUAUUGAUUAUCGUGAAUGUUUAAAUGCACUAAGAGCUAAUUAUACUAAUUUAGAUAGAACAUCAUCAUCGAAUACUAAUGGUGGUAGUUCAUUAAGUUUAAAUCGUUUCGGUCCAUCAGAUGAAGAAACUAUUAAUGAUGAAUUAAAACGUCAAGUUGGAUUGUGUACAUGUCAUAACACAUAUAAAAUUAAGAAAAUGGCAACAAAUAAAUAUCGGUUCGGUGACUCACAAAAAUUAUGUCUAGUUCGCAUCCUUCGUAGUGCUGUAAUGGUUCGUGUAGGUGGUGGCUGGAUUACAUUGGACGAAUUUUUAGUGAAAAAUGAUCCAUGUCGAGCUUCUCAAUGGAAACCGAUUGAUGAUUUUAAUGAAGAUUUCCACAGUUCAUCUGAUUGUGCAAUUGCACCAAUCACACCUGGAUUGACAAUGCUUCAGCGUAAAUCCUCUUCUUACACCUAUCGUCUACGAUCAUCACCAAUAUCACAAUAUAGUACAACGUCAGCCAGUUCAUAUGCAUCAUUACCUAUAUCAAAUCAUGAUUUGAAUGUAGUUAAAAAUAACGAUGAAAAUAAUAAUGCUGUCAUUGAUAACACUAAUGCCAAUAAUAGUAAUAACAAUACUAAAUAUAGUCAUAGUCGACGGGCGAUGAUACCAUCUCGUCAUUCUCUUGCUUCAUUAUCUCAACCUCAUAGAAAUAGUAUGCAUGGUGAAACAGUUUUUGAAAAAAGUGUAGAGGAUAAUUCACAUCAAAGACGUGCUUCAACACUUGGUAUAUCUUCCACACCAACAUUUUCCAAAGAAUUCAAUAACAAACAAUCUGGUGUCAUUCAAUCUGAACAUUUACCUCAAAUAAGUAAAACAAUGUCCAAAUCUCAACUUGCUACUUCCUCACUUAGGAAUGAUUCACUACCAAAUGAUUCUAAUUUAAUACAAUCCAAUACGAAAACAAACCAAGUUUCGGUAACUAUGCCCGGUUCAACUUGUAAUAAUUCACGUACAGAUAUGUUAUCAAAAUCUAAAAUCCCUUUAUUACAAUCUAAUUUAAACACUGACAAUUCAAACUAUCGACAAUCGACAGAAUUAAAUGACGUUACCACUGAUGCUGACACCACAAAUGAUGAUGAUAAUAAUAAUAAUAGAUCUAUGUGAAAAACUGUUUAUUAGUUGUUUAUUUUGAUUCAAUUAAAUAUGUAUAUCAAAAUUCAUUUUGACCUCUUAAAAAAAUGGUUUCUUUUUUUCGUUCAUUUAUUUUCGAAUUUGUUUUCUUUUAUUGAUCACAUUAUCAUUUAUUUUAUGGGAAGUAGAGAUUUUAAUUAUUUGUUGUGUUGUAUUAUUCUUUUCUCUUUUUUUUGGGGGGGGGGGUUCAUUUUACUUUACACAUUACAGAUUUGAAGAUAAAAACUACUUACUUACUUGUACAAAUAAAUAAAGAAAUAAGAAUAUUAGAUAUGCGCACUUGAAAAAUUGCCUUUAUACGAAAAUUGCCCUUUUAUUUUAUUUUUUUUCAUAUAAUCUUAUUAAAUAAUUGAUAGACCACUUAAAUCUCUUCCUUUGCACUCUCUGUUCUGGAUUACGUAACAACAACAACAAUAAUAAUAA